CGGAACCUCAGCCGAUGACAACAAACAACAUGGCCGCUGCAGUGAGGUUGUGGACGUGGAGCUGUCCUCUGCCGGGACUUUUCUAUCAAUGGAUAUGCAUCUUUGUACUAUUACAAAGCAUCGCGAAAACAGCGGUUGCAGCGCCAGAGCCGGGUAUUUGGAAAAUCACAGUCGUGAAUACCUCAAGACCUCUGCUGUUACGGAAAUCUAUGUUCCAAAAUACUGACAUACAAAUGAAAGUGGUGUCUUUUGGUUGUCCAAAGGAUCUUAACUUCACCAUUCACUGGUUUUUGAAGUACUACCACUGUCACAACGAGUUUAACAAUAUUGAAGAGAUGUAUAUGGUCACUCCUCUGAGUCGUGGAGAGCUUGAUCCAAACCCACUGGUCCCAGGAGAGUUUAUAGAACACAAGCACAGCUCUGUAGAAUGCAAUGGGUUAUUGCGCACUUUCCCUAUGCUGAAGAAAGCAAAGGCAGCUCCACGACUAGCGAGACCACCAGUUGAGAAUGGACCUCAUAGUGAUGACAAAUUGAUCACAGAAGAAUAUGACAGCAGCACGAUGAAGAAUGGCAGCGCGAAAAUCAACGAUGAUGUUAUAGCCACCACAUGGAAGGACGGCCCGUAUCUGCUGGUGGUCAAAGUUAACGCCAGCAGACCAGAUGUCAACUGGAAUUUAACCGUAAAUGUGGUGAUGAAGGGCAGGCAUGGGUACAUAUCCAUCACAGAGUACCCACUCAUGAUUUUCUACAUGGUGAUGUGUGUGGUGUACAUCCUGUACGCCCUGCUGUGGUUCAUCUGGGCUGCCUGCUAUUGGAAGGAUCUGCUGAGGAUCCAGUUCUGGAUCGCUGGCGUCAUCUUCCUGGGGAUGGUGGAGAAGGCGGUCUUCAGUGCUGAAUACGAAAACACCAACGCAGUGGGCUCUGCUUCUCCAGGACUGCUGAUCUUCGCCGAGCUGGUGUCUGCCCUCAAGAGGACGCUCGCCCGCCUGCUUGUGAUCAUCGUCAGUCUUGGCUACGGAAUUGUCAAGCCCCGUCUGGGGACGGUCAUGCACAGAGUGGUGGGACUUGGGGUUCUGUAUUUCGCCUUUGCCAGCAUUGAGGGGGUGCUGAGGAUCACGGGGGGCAGAGACAAUGGCCCAGCUCUUAUGACAGAAAUUGUUCUGGCCGUGUUUGACUCCUGCUGCAUUUGGUUCAUUUUCGUGAGCCUGGCACAAACCAUCAAGACCCUGAAGCUGAGAAGAAACCCUGUCAAGCUGUCUCUCUACAGGCACUUCACGAACACGCUCAUAUUUGCUGUCCUUGCUUCCAUUAUUUUCAUGGGUUGGACCGCGAAGAAAUUCAGACUUGCCGAUUGUCAGUCGGACUGGAUCGAACUGUGGGUUGAAGACGCCUUCUGGAGGUUUCUGUUCUCCCUCAUCCUGCUGGUCAUAAUGUUUCUGUGGCGACCGUCCGCAAACAACCAAAGGUACGCGUUCACACCUCUCAUCGACGAUUCUGACGACGAGGAGAUCGAGGAGUUCAUCGCGUCUUCUAACAUCGCUGAUGGCAUCAAACUGAGGGCCUCAAAAAACGAAACCAACGGGACAGCAAAGCCUGCUGAACACAACAAUGAUGAAGACCUGAAGUGGGUGGAGGACAACAUCCCUAGCUCGCUAACUGACGUGGCUCUUCCGGUGCUCCUCGACUCAGAUGAGGAAAUCAUGACGACCAAGUAUGAGAUGUCAAAGCUUGAGUGAGGCCGAGGAAAAACCAGCUGUGAUGCUGGACUCUUCAUAAUUCCGGAUGGUGACUGCACGUCACCAGGAUUCUCCUCACGUCCUUAACUCUGCAGCGUGAAUUGUGCAACUGCUUCAACAAUUACCUGCGAUUUCUUAAAAGCCUUUUUGUUUCCAAAGAGAUGAUUUGUUUUAUGUUAAUUUAUUUUUAAUCUUAAGAAACUUAUGUAAUGUUGGGAUGGGUGUCCACGGUUAGGUUUGCAUGCAGAGCAGUGUCAGAACCAGCCAACACAAAACACUACAAUACAGCUGAAGCAAGGAAAGUUGGCCUUGUUUUCACUGUAAAAAUGAAACCUCACUUGCUCUGGAUUUCCUCUCAUUUGUUUGAUGAAAAACUGCAUCAGAGAGGAACAUCCCAUAUUAGUCUGGUUGCAGUAAGACGUAAAGCACAAUUAGACAUUGAGAGCAACUGACAAACCGAUCGAGAAGCAACAACCUUUUUCCACCAGAAGCAGCCGUAUGUUCAGCAUUGAGGCUCCCCUCAAAGGUUUGGUGCAAUAUAACUGACAUGCAACACUGGCCUCACGUGCAAAUGUAACCUGACCACACUGCUCAAUAUCAUUUAGUAUUUAUGGGGAUCUAAGUAAACAGAUUUAUAUUUAUGAACUUUAAAGACUUCUUCUGAAAUCAAAAUAGAUUUCAUCUUCACUGUGUGGACUUUUUUUUUCAGCGCUGAAAUCUGAUCAGCAUUUCUGACAUGAAGUAACCAUUCGCUCCUAUGCACUUUGGAUAUCAAAGCUGUGCCUAUGUUCUGUUCUGGUGUGAGGCCCGAUAUUACACUGGUGUGCGAUUGUGUCGCGGCGAUUCUUCCUGGUGUUUGUGUCUAUAAGUUCGUGAUGCGUCUUGUGGGAGCAAUACUCUUGUUCAUGGUUCCGGAGUUAUUUUUUUUGUAUUUGGUUAUUUAUUUGUGUUUAAAGUGUACUUACUACAUGUGUGUUUACAAUGUGGCGUUUUAACUCUUUUGAUUUUCUUUUUUCCUUCCUCCAACACAGGAACAAACCUUUUUUUUGUCUGUGUGUGGAAUGGUUUUUCUUACGUUGGCAGGCUGUCCUCCGGUAAACACCUGCGGCUCAUUGGUUGUUUGUACAGAUGGGGUGGGCUGAUUCCUGUAAUUUCAUAAUUCUGAGGAGCUUCAUGAGGCUGAGAUGGAAUGUGUCUUUUCACGGCCGUUAGAAAUUUACCUCUGUAUGGAAGCAGGUGUGUUCAGAUUAAACAGGAAGAGUGUUUCCGUAAUUUGUUUGGUGAUUGUUUGGAAGUAAAUGUUGUUUUGGAACAUUUGAUAAU